UGGAGCUGUGGCGCAGUUCAGAAUUCGACAACACGAUUCUUAAUUCUUAAGUUAAAGGCAUGUGAUACCUCAGAUAGAUGCUGACUGGGGCCUUGUGUGGGUUGCAUAGUACAUGUAUCACUUACUGUGGUACGUAGAUUUAAAAUGUGUAUAUUCUGCAGAAAUCUGGAGUAAAUGGCAGCGGCGUACAAAACAAAUCAAAGGUCGUUAGACCUGUGAAAUCCCGUGACGUUGGCAACCUUUGGACAGACAGCCAUUUUGAUUUCACAGGCGGGUCAAAUGCAUCUCUCCACUUGAAGCUACAUCCUCCGGGUGACGUUUGAAGCUUCGCAGACUAAAGAUAAGCUGGACACUCUUGUUUUUGUGUCUGGCAUUCUUUCACGUCACAACUAGUCGAAUCGGUCCUCCCGUUUCUUCAGCGUCAGGUGCAUUCAAAUGGGCACAAAAUAUGCUGGAUCCGGACACCAUCGAUAAAAUACGUACGAUUGUUGACAACGCUCCUGCAGCUAUUAAUACUGCCGCCGCGGUCGUUCCUGCAGCUACAGCUAUUAUUAUCAACGUCCCACCUGUAGCAGUAGGCAUAGGUGCUGUAGCUAUUGGUGCUGUUAUUGGUGGAGGUCUUGUCGCCGUAGCCAUGGACAAGUACAAUUCAAAACACAAUGAGACCGCCCAGCAGAACCUAAGGAGCAAAGAACAGCAGCUUCGUCGUGCGACGACAGAAAACAAACGCCUAAAGACUGCGCAUAGGCGCGAAACCGAAUGGCUGGAGAAUGAGCUCAUGCGUGAAAAACAAGCUAAAGAACGUGCACUUUCCCGGUGUCAAAAGAUGAAAGAAGACACUGUUAUAAUAGAUUAUCUGAAGAGGGAGAUUGAGCACCUGAAGGAACAGAUCGCUUCCUUGUCCAACGACACGAGCAAUUCGUACGAGAUGAGCCUAGAUUCACGCGGGGCCGCAGUUACCAUCCACAACAACACUGACGGAGAUGGGGCAAAAGGAGAUACAGAUAUUAGCAGGUACUUCCUUUACAUCAAGGAAAACGUGACCACCGAGUGGAAGGACCUGGCAGUUACGCUAGGAUUGAGCUGGGCAGAUAUCAUCAACAUCGAAGGCAAAAACAAGGAUGACAAGUCUCGCUGUUGGGACGCCCUACAGGAGUGGCGCAAGCGUAAAGGAGAAGCGGCCACCGUGGAUGCCCUGAUGGAGGCUCUGAGUGACCUGGGGCUGAACAAUGUUAAGGAUGGGCUGAGGAGGAAGUAUCCAGGGUCCAGGUUGGCAAAACUACUGUGCUCUGGGUGA